CAUGCGCAAUGUCAGCGAAUCUGGCGGCAAUGUAGUUUUGAUGUAAGGAAUGUAUUUUAAUAGAAUUUGUUAUUUAAUACAAUUUAAUUGUUUAAACUGCGACAGAAAUUAAUUUAUAUAAAUAUGGGUAUCACCGGGCUGCUACCGUUCCUAGAAAAGUCUUCUAGAAAGACGAAUAUCAAAGAGUUCUCUGGUGGGACUGUUGCAAUUGAUUCUUAUUGUUGGUUACACAAAGGUGCAUUUUCUUGUGCUGAGAAAUUAAUGAUGGGAGAAAUGACAGACGCGUACGUUGUGUAUUGUAUGAAAUAUAUAAACAUGCUUUUGAAAUACAAGAUAAAACCCAUUCUGGUGUUCGAUGGUCAACGAUUGCUUGCUAAAGAGCAGACAGAAAUCAAGAGACGCAAAGCCAGAGAACUGAAUCGUCGUAAAGCGAUCGAAUUGAUACAAAUGGGUAAAGUUACAGAAGGAACAAAUUUAUUGAGACGAGCUGUAGAUAUCACUCACACGAUAGCAUUAGAAUUAAUUAAACAAUGUCAGAAUGAGAACAUUGAUUGUAUUAUAGCUCCUUAUGAAGCUGAUGCACAAUUGGCAUAUUUAAAUAUUAGUGGUAUAGCUGAUGUUGUUAUCACAGAGGAUAGUGACUUAACGCUAUUUGGAUGUAAGAAAAUAUUUUUUAAAAUGGAUCUUGUUGGAAAUGGGAUUUUAAUCGCACAAGAUCAAUUACAUUUGGCAAUGAAUGUAAGAUCUGAACAAUUUGAAAUGGAUAAGUUCCGUCAUAUCUGUAUUUUGUCUGGUUGCGACUAUCUUCCUUCUCUUCCUGGUAUUGGCUUGGGAAAAGCACGAAAAUUUAUUACGAAAAGUACAGACCAAAAUAUACAUAGGGCAUUGACACGUUUAGGUUCGGUUCUCAACAUGAAAUCGCUAGUCGUGCCACAGGAAUACAGAGACGCAUUUAUAUUAGCUGAAAUAACGUUCAAACAUCAAUUAGUAUUCUGUCCAUUGCAAAGGAAGCAAGUACGAUUGAAUCCACCGCCAGCUAAUAUCACUGAAGAUCAAUUGCAAUAUGCUGGGAAAGAGCUAGAUGAGGACCUUGCUUUACAAUUAGCUCUUGGGAAUUGCGACCCAGCUACUUUAAAAAUGGUUCAUGAUUUUAAUCCAGAUAAAAUCGAACGAAAAAGAAAGCGAGAUACAGGACAAACAAUGAUUCAAACUAGUAUUUGGUCAGAUAAAUAUAAAUUGAAGAUGAAAUGUCAAAACUCUUCUCCUCUCUCUGUACUGAAUUCGUCAUUUCUUAAUGGAAAAGAGCUUGGUAAAGAAAAAAAGUCUCUAAAGAAUACAUACAGCUCAUUAAAUUCACAUAAUAGUUCGAAUAUUCAAAGCGAUCCAGAGGAUCAUGAUUUACACAAUGCUGCCAUUUUGGAUAUGUAUAAAUCAAGUCGAGAUGCUAAGCUAAUCGACAAUACUAACAAAGCAUCAGAAGAUUAUUUAAAUUUAACAAAUAACACAUCACCAGAUUUACUUAAACAAAAAAAUCCAUUUAUUAAACGUGUGUGUGAUCUUACUACUUCACCAAAUAUUUUAUCCAACGGGAAUUAUCGAAAAAGAGGAAGAAAUUUAAUGCGUGUAAGACGAACUCUUGUAGAUGAAAAUACUGUAAUAGAAAGUAAAUAUUUCUCAAAAUCAGAUAAUAAAGAGUGCAGUGUACUUGAGUCAGAGAAUAAAGACAUUGAAACCAGUUGGAUAAGUACAAACUAUAAUACAAUUUUAGAUACGAAUGUACAUGAUGUAACUCGGAAACAACUAGAAAAAAGAUUAUCUAUAACAGACACUGAACAAAAUGCAAAUUCAGUGGAAAAUAUUAAUAAUCCAUUUUUAUCAAAUCAAAAUGAUUGUUUAACUAAUAUUUAUAGAAAUGUUUCUAAAAAAUCAAAUCCUAAUGAUAGGAUAGACGAUGUACCAUCAAUGACAGAUACAACAACUGAUAAAAAUUAUGUAACAAAUAAUUAUUUAGUAUCACCAAAUUCUAGUAUGGAUAUUAUUGAUAUAAACAAUUACGAAAAUGCGAAUAGUUCGCAAAAUGAUUCACUCGAAUGGAUAAAUACAAAAAAUGUUCAAAGUUUCCCCCAUAAAAGAAAUACAUUGAAGAAACGAAAUUCAUCGAAUCUGGUACAAUUUAUGAUAAAAAAGAAAGGAUUACAUCAAAGUAAACAAUCGCCAGCAGUUCCUAGACAACAAAGUUUAUUAGACAUGUAUGGAUUUCAAAAAAGGUCAUCUUUUAAACACUGAUUUUAAAAAU